UAUAUGAAGCAUCAUCUGGAUUUCUUACUGCAGAAGCCUGAUUCAUGUGAGCACAGCUCUUCCCACAGCAAGAAGGAGAAAUUGGCUCCACCCCAGAGGGUUAGCCACAAGGAAGACCAUAAAUGGGCUGACUGUUUGGAGAACCUGAUACAUCAUAACAGUGGGCUGGCUGCUUUCCAGGCUUUCCUCAAGUCUGAGUACAGCAAGGAUAUCGAUUUCUGGGUGAGCUGCAAGGAGUACAAGAAUACCAAAUUGCCAGCCAAGCUUAGCCCCAAGGCCAGGAAGAUUUACAAUGAGUUCAUCUCUGUGCUGGCUACUGGCGAAGUGAACUUGGAUUCCUGCACAUGGGAAGUGAUCAGCCACAAUGUUCUCAAGCCCACCCUAUGCUUCGACAAGGCUCAGAAAAAAAUCUUCAUCCUCAUGGAGAAGGAUUCUUACCGCCACUUCCUCAAAUCUCGCUUCUACCUCAACUUGGUCAGUCCACCUGCAACCACUUGUGGGACUCAGAACCACAAAAGAGCUACAUCUGCUGCCUUAGCCUGCUCCUCCCCUCUGGUCUCUCAGUACGUUUAGCUCUGAGAGGCGAGCAGGCAGGUCUCCUGGGACUCUCUGGGGAUGCAUGCCAGC